GUAAAGGAGCUUUUCGAAUAAGAACGCCGACGAAUUUGAAGAACAAACGCGAGUCAGAUCGUGGUUCGGGAAAUUGGUGACUCCCUUCCUUUCUCUGCAACUUCUCUGUUCUCCAAUCAAAAUGUCUUCGUUGGCAGCUGCUAGAGCAGAUAACUUUUACUAUCCCCCAGAAUGGACUCCCAGUCAGGGGUCAUUGAACAAGUUCCAUGGACAACAUGCUUUGAGAGAGAGAGCCAGAAAGAUAGACCAGGGUAUUCUGAUUAUAAGGUUCGAGAUGCCCUUCAAUAUUUGGUGUGGAGGUUGCAAUGCUAUGAUUGCGAAGGGGGUAAGGUUUAAUGCGGAAAAGAAGCAAGUUGGAAAUUAUUAUUCUACAAAGAUAUGGAGCUUUACAAUGAAGUCUGCAUGUUGCAAGCACGAGAUGGUUAUCCAGACAGACCCACAGAAUUGUGAGUAUGUCAUAAUCAGUGGUGCUGAACGUAAAACUGAGGUCUUCGAUGUCGAAGAUGCUGAAACUCUUGAGCUUCCUGCUGAUGAAGAAAGGGGUAAGCUCGCAGAUCCCUUCUAUAGGCUUGAACAUCAGGAAGCAGAUCUGCAAAAGAAGAAGGAAGCAGAUCCACUCUUGGUCCGUCUCCAACGUGCAUCAGAUGUCAAGCAUGCCAAUGACUAUCACUUGAACAGGACCCUUCGUGCUCAAAUUAGAUCUCAAAGGAAAAGAGUGGCAGAAGAAGAAGCCACUGCCAGAAAGAUGGGCCUUGGAAUUAGGCUGCUGCCAGCAUCUAAAGAAGACUCUGAUGUGGCUGCAAGUGUGAAGUUCGCUCCCCAGUUUGACAGAAACAAGAGAGAGAGAAGGGAUGCAAUCAAUAAUCAGCCACUUUUUUCUAAGUCCUCAGGAUCCGAGUCCAUAAAAAGGAAACUCGAGCUCAUGGAAAAGAGAAGAAAGAUAAAGGCAUCUGCUGCUAAUGCAAUGUUACUAGGGUCGACUAAGCCCUCGUCUUGGUCCCGACCUCAUAUUAGCAGAGCUCCAAAGAGGAGCAUUGUAUCAGUGAGGCGGGGCUGAUUGGUCGAUCUCCCAUCAAGUGGUUUAUGCUUCUUGUGAGAAAGGAAGAGAGAGGGAAAGGGGGGUGGGGGUUGCAAGAGAGGAGAGGUUUGUGUGUUUAGCACCUAUGAAGUGUAUAUGAGAUUGCUAGUGAUCGGUUUUGUUUUUCUUACCUCUGAUAGAAAUAGAACUCAAGACGUCAAAUUAUGGCAUGAUAUCACCCUGACUAGAUUGUUAGUGUUGGAAUGUAUAUCGCUUGGUUCGUAUGUCAUGAACGAAAAUUACUUUGAAAUGGGAGAAAGUAGAGAGAAUGUGAUGUAUCAUUGACAGUUAUUUGUUGGUAUAUCUUAUCUCGCAAAAUAGUUUCCAAUUUC